GGGCGGCUGCGUGUUCCCGCCCUCCGCCCCUCCCUGCGCGGCCGGGCCGGCCGGCGGGACCCGAGGGCGCGGAGCGGGCCUGCCCCGGGAGGCGACAGCGGCCCGCGCCGUGCGGCGAGCCUGCUGUUCGCUUCGCGUUCUGUCAAAUGUACUUUGGCACACAAUGAAACGUAGGCAACCUCAGCCUUUAACUUUGAGCUGGAGGAGGUUGAGCUGUUUAUCUUCAGUUUAAGAAAGCGAAACUGCAUGGGAACUUUAUGCUCUAGCAGAGCGUUAGUGUCCAGGCCAGACAUCAAAUGAAGAUUCAAGCACCCUUCAAGGACCAAUGUACCCAAUAGCUCAUGGAAGAAAAAAAUCAAAACAGGACAACCUUGGUUUCCAGGCUACCGAAAUAUGGAACGAAAACUUUAGGGGCUGUUUUGCACCCUAUGCCAAACGGGACGGCUGUGAACUUAGCAGGGAGUAAUGGUGGCAAGAAUUUCAGCAAGCACAAUGGCACUGUUGGAAUGUCUUCCUUUGCUUUCAACUGGAAAAAAUCAAAUAAAUAUCAGCUUAACGAUCAGAAUGGGAGAGAGGCCAGCGCCAAACGCAACUCUAAUGAAAAAUUAAUUGAUUCUGAGAAGUACCCUCAAUCUCAGAGAGCAUUGGGCAAUGAUGAGCUCAGGGUGGGUUUGAACAGUACUGCUUCGGUUGUGUCAAAAGCAGCAAAGCAAACCAAUAUGUUUGUAUCUUCUACUGAGGAAUUAAAUCCAAAGUCUAUACCUGGACUCUCUAGUUCAGCUAAAUUCACCAAAGGUACCCUGUCAGGAAGGACAUACUCUGGACUCAAUGCUCCAAGAUCAAAUUUAAAUGGAUUUUAUGGAAAUCGGCCAGUGGUAGGUUUGCAGAGACCUAGAGCUAAUUCUGGUGCCACAAGGACAAGUUCAGGAGAAAGCCUGGCACAAUCUACAGACAAUACUAGCAAGGCUUUUUCCUGUGACAAAAUGGUAAGAUCACAAAGUUUUUCACAUUCCAUUCAGAAUUCUUUCCUUCCCGCUGCAUCUCUAACCAGGUCACAUUCCUUUAACAAAGCUGUGGAUCUUACAAGGCCUUAUCAUAGUCAAAAUCUCGCUGCCAGGACGUCUCAGAGGUCUGCUCUGCUGUCAAGAAACGCGUGUCAGUUGGAUGUACCCAAUGGAAAUGAGCCGAUGAAGUAUGGAUUUACCAGACCGUACUCGGCUAUGUCAGCUCCCUGUUCCAAGAAACCCCCACUGUCAAAUGGAUCUGGGUCAGCACCUUCCUAUGGAUACAGAUUAAGUCGGCCUUCUCUGCUGAAGCCUACCAGGCAGCGCUUUGCUGGGAAUACCGUUGUGGAUGGCAGCAAAAGCGUGGCUCCGGACACGCGCGUGGUGGAGAGUGCAGAGAUUUCAGCAAACAUCAAUAGAGCCGUUGAUAAAAACAGCAUUCUAGAGAGCAGGGCUCAGAGAACAGAACCUGCUGAGGCCCUGCAUGAAAGUCUGGCAAAACAUGGGUCAAAAGUGAUGUGCAUGAGCGAUGAUGGAGAUGAAAUAUCUAUAUCUUCUUUGUCAUCCUCUGAGAAAAACGAUUUGAGUGAAGACUUCAGUGAUGAUUUCAUAGAUAUAGAAGAGGCAAACAGAACUGUACAAAUCCAGCAGAAGGAGAGCUGCCUUCAGGAAUUAGAGUGUGGGAGCAGAACGUCCAUUGAGCCGUUCACGUCUCUCAAGGAAGGUGGAGGAUCUUGCUGUAAUGCUGAUGACUGGCUUGAUAUAAAUGUGUCUGCAGUGGAUGACAACAGUGAAAGCACAAAACACACUACUGAGAAUGUCAUCUCUUCAGAGAUGAACUACAGAGCUGGCUCCUCCUUUGAGCUUUCUCCAUCUGACAGCUCUGACGGCACAUAUAUGUGGGAUGAAGAGGGGCUGGAACCUAUAGGAAGCGUCCAUCCGUGUGGAAGUUACGACUCUUCAGAAAUGAACAGCAUAGAUAUCUUGAAUAAUCUUGAUUCAUGUGAUCUUGAAGAUGAUGAUCUCAUGCUUGAUGUGGACCUGCCCGAGGACCCACCUCGUGACAAAGAGGAAUGUGAAAAUAUGAGCCGCUAUGAGAGACAAGACAGAAAUGCGAGACAGCAUCAAGAGGGAUUCUGGAAAAGAGCACCACAACAGCGAUGGAAUACGCAGGAGCACUAUCAUCUUGGCCAUACUGACCAUUAUAUCCAUGGUAAAAAUGAUUUGAACAGGGGUUCAACCUACCUGGAGCCUGCCGUGGGUGCCCUGGAGAGCCGUGGGGCGGGCAGCGGUUGCGCGGCGCCGCGGGCGCUGGCGGAGAACACGGUGAUGCUGGACGAGAUGACCCUGCGGCACAUGGUGCAGGACUGCACCGCCGUCAAAACACAGCUCCUCAGGCUCAAGAGGCUGCUGCACCAGAACGAUGAAAAUGUGUCACUCCAGGACAUCACAUUCUCAGUUCCGUCGAGUCCAGAACCACAAGAACCUGAAUCAACUUUUAAGAUGGAUGAUCUGCUGAACGAGAUCAGGCAGCUUAAAGAUGAACUGAGGAAAAAGGAUGAAACAAUCAACCAACUAGAGCAGCAGCUUGCCACUAGAUGUAACUGCCAGAAGGACAGUCAAAAGCCUGCAGGGGCAGUGCGCGCGUGUGCCGAUAAAUUCACACAAACCUCCUGGAGGAGGAGUUCUCCUCAAGUACUACAGCCUUCCAGCAGCCUUCCCAAUUCCACAGACCUCGCCCAGGGAAAACUAAUAAAAACUCCACAUAUCGAGGCCCACAGUGAAUAUCCUAAACCAGAUCUGCAUGACAAUAGAAAUCAUCAGAAUCGAAAUGCUGCAAACGUCUCUCUCCCAAAUAGCCUGAAUGACGUAAACUCUUCAACAAGUGUUCAGUUAAACACAAAAGAUGAAAAUGCAUCAUAUUUGGACAAUUUGAAAAACAAAACCACUGAAGACCCUGGAGAGGUGGCUGGUAAUAAGAAAGGUACAUUACCGCCUCGUUCCCACUUUCAGACCUCUGCACGAGCUGAUGCUCCGGAGGUGCAGACUGGAUUACCUGUGAAAGGUCAACCCUCAUUCACAAACCAGGCUUCUCAGCCAAAGACUUCGAGAAUCGUGAAACCCCCAACUGCUUUAGUGCCUCCUACCAUGGCCGUUCCCGUACGAUCUGCAGAUCACUCCGCUGCUUCCAAGGAACGUGAGCUUCUACCACUGAGUAGCUCGACCCAGCCACAGCCUACAUCUGGGCAGGAUAACCUAAAGGGUAAACAGAGUCAGAAAGUGUCUAAACUUCGCCCACCAACUACGUCCUUCGUCAAAUCCAAGCAAGUGAGCAGUCAGAAAUCCACACCAGUACCUCCAGAGCCUCAGAACACCUCCCUGAAGUCUAACAUCCCAAGGCCACCAGUCCAGAGAAAGGAGAACGUGCAGAUGCACUCGACUGGUGCGCACCCCGGGGACAGCGUGCCCUCCGGUCGGCAUUCCCGCCUCCCGAAACCAAAGACACACUGAGGCCGUCCCACACCUCACCGCCCGAUGCCACGCCGUGUCCCACUUCCCCUGUUGUGACUGCCUUGGAGCCUGCUGUACCUGCGGCCUGCAAAUCCUGAGUCACUGUUCCAGCAUCUUCAUUAGAGUUUGCAUUCUCCAUCUUGCUGUGUUCUGAGGCUGAUGUUACGAGCUGUGCAGUUUCUCUUGAGAGUGCUUUAUUUUAUCGUUGGUCUGUAAUAAAGAUGGUAUUGCAAUCUUUGUAAUUAAGCAAAUACUUAAGUCUGUGACGACCACAAAUGCCAGAAUGCUGCACUAUUUAUUUCAGGAUGGCAGAAAUUAUUUCUUACCUCUGUUUGAGUUAUUAGACAAUGAAAUUGCUGUUCUGUUGAACUUCUUGGUUCUGAAUACUCGUUAGGUCAGAGUGGUAGAAAGUUAGACUGACUAGCAGAUGUUUUAUUGGCCAUAAUUCUGACUCUGUAUUCCAGAGGCCUAUGCAAAAAUCCUUGUAUUUAUCAUUCUCUCAAGACUGACAUAUUUAAUGUUAUUUAAUCUCAUGGGUUGGGUGGGUUGUGUUGUUUUGUUUUGCUGUAAUCUGAAGUAGCUCUGUUCUUUAUUUAUCCUGUUUUCACUGUUCACAGACAUUAGGCAGAUUUCACAGGGUGAAACGAAUCUUCUCGCUUAAACAUCCUCGUUUGUUAAAUGAUUGUGGUAUGUUUUUAUUGUGUUGAAUAGACACAUUACUGGGUAGAUUCUUGAAAUGCAGUGCUAAGGAUGUUUGUCCAAACCUUCCAAUGCAGGCUCUUAGGAAUUGUUAAGUAGGGAGCCUCUGGGAAUAAGGGGUCCAGAACACCUAUGUUGAGGUUGCACAACAUGCAUUUUAAUUAAUAUUUUAAACUUUUAUUGUUCUGCUUGUAUUUAUUGAUUUCUGCUUAAUAUUGAAAGGCUCUGAAGUACCUGACUUGAAAUUUUGCACAAACUUUGCCAUAUGUGUAAGAAUUUGAAACUAUUUUACAGAAUAAAACUUAUAUUAAAAAUGCAACUAUUUUUUAAAAAGGAAAAAAAUUACCUCCACUUAUUUGCUUUGAGCAAUCCUAUUAUGUCCUAAUCCAGAGCUGGUACUCUUAAGAGUUUUUCAAAGAUGUGUUAUUUUGGGGUUUUUGUAAUUUUUCUUUUUUUUCUUUUUCUUUUUUUUUUUUUUUUGGUAAUUUUUUUUUGUAAUUUUUGAAGAAAUGCAUAACUGGUAAGGAGCUUCUUGGGGAAAUUAGGCAGAAAAAAAUUUACAUUUUUGUGCUCUCUAGGAGAAGUAUUUUUUCUGAAAGUAGUCUUGGUGUACUCUGGGACCAUGACACGAAUGAUGCAAGUAACAUGUGCGCAUAUCCAGUGAAGCUUUCCAGAAAUUUGAUGUUAUGUCCCAUCUCCAAUUCUUCUCAUCUUUCCCAUGACUCUCUUGGAUGUUACUGGUUUUAGGUUUUUUUCCCUGUUCUCAAAUUGGUUUUAAAAUCAGCAGCAGAAGGCUGCUGCAACAAUUUGGCCCAAAAUCUGUUCCUGAAGAGCACAUAAUGUCAGUAAAAUGCAACACAGUGUUAGUUUGUUCUAGGCUCUGGCUGUAGGACAUUGACAUAUUACAGUAUUUUCUUUGAGAGAAUUCAAGUGAGUAGGUGUAGACAUUUCAUAAAUGAAUUCAAUAUCCAGCUCCUAUAAUAUAAGCCCUUUAACUGGGGGUAUCCUGAUGGAUACCUCAGUUGGGUGAAGGAAAAAAGAGUCAUCUCACCUGAGUUUUCAGUACAUCAUUGAUAUUCAAGAAUUAUUUUGGAUUUCUUAAACUGUAAUUUUAUUUAACUGAAGAUAGAGCAGAAAAGUGAAAAGUUUGGGGAGGGAAAUGGGUAGGGGGAGAUUCUUUUUCUGAACUACUCAGAUCAGUCUGAAAUAAGGGACCUGCAGGACCUUCUGUGAACUGAGGUGAUGACAAUGUAAGCAAGAUAUAACAAGAGAAAUAAUGUUAAUUGUUAUAGUUGGUAUAGGAUCAGAAACCACAACUUGAGAUUGCAGUAACAAUAAUGCUCUGGUAAUAAUUUAUUUCCAUGAAAAGCAUUGAAUUAGUGGUAUUUAGUGUAUGUAUUUACUUUCAAUAAGAAAAUAAAACUCACUUUUUAUAUUCCCCAAAACUAGCUCCUGGCAGCUAACUGUGUUUCUCAGGAGUUUAAAGACUGCUGAGGGAAUGAUCAGAUUCCUGGUUCAUUUUCUGGUCCAUAUAGAUUUCUAUGGAAGGUGUGUUUUUUAAGUUUACUUUCCUUGAAGAGAAGCUGAUUUUAUUGUUUGUGUUGUAUAUGAUUUUGUGUAAAAAUACAAUUUUCACCUAAUGUUAUUGACAGAAAUUCAUCAUCUUCUGCUUCGUAUUCUGGAGGUAUCGCCAGCCUGAUUUAGUGAUGUUUCAAUUUUUAUGUUUACAUUUAAAAGUAUAGAUAUCUAUACCUUUAUUCAUAUCUGCACCUUUACUGAAAAUUAAAGAGAUAAUCAAAGCAAAUUAAGCAAAGAGUAUCGAGAUGAUCAAGGUUUUCAUUAAAAAGACAGUUCCUAAUUUUUUCUUUCCAGAAGAAAAUCUUAUAUUUAUAUGGGCGUGUAUAUAUGUAUUAAAGGAACAUAAGUAGCUUAUAGUCCUUUUUUAUAGCAUUUCCCCAUUUUGUUCUGACAGGUUAGUGAGACACUGAGCUGGAGCCAGCAGGAUUUGAUCAUGGAUGAGACAGAUGCUAGCCUGGCUUGUGUUGGUGUUCAGCUGCUAACCUCACAUCCCUCUAGGACAACUGCAUGGUUGGGCUCUUCAGACUUUACCAGGGAAGGCUCUGUUGCACGUAUAGUAAGUCCAGAGUAUGGCAAAGCCUGUCACGAGAUGGGCAGCUGGGAGAGAAGUGGUGAAGUGAGGUUUGAAGCUUCACCUCAGUGUAAGAUGGGGUUUGGGGAGUGAUGGAUGAGAGGGCACUCAGAGUGCUUGGCAAAUGGGAUUAAGUGAGUAUUUUCAGGUGUCAUAUCUACCUUAUGCAAGGUGCAGAUAUAUCAUCAGUACUGGUGCAGAUUAUCCAAAAUGUGUACAUUUAAGUAUUUGAUAACUUCAGGGUUUUUUUUUUUUAGGUUUAUAAAACUGAUUUAUUGCCAUUUUUUUUGUUUUGAUUUCUCAUUCUUUUGUGCAAUAUUCACAAAAGUAUUAAACUGCUGUUCAGUAUAUGUGUACAGAGGCAAUUACUCGUUUUAACAAGUGAAUAAACACAAAAGAAAAGAACAGAAUUGCACUUUAAAUGAGCUUUAUUGCUUGGAGUUGUGCCUAAAAUAAUCUAGAUGCCUCCUGCUGUGUGUGGCUUUUGUUUGAAACAAAUUUCCCCGGUAGUGUUGCUGUUUCCAAGGUAUUUUCACAUCACUUUCACAGGAUCGAUAUGCACUCGAGCAUGUUUAAAAGCAUUCAUAUAGUGUACUGAGUUUUUGUUGUGCAAUGACUUUAAUUUAACCGUGGAAUUCUAACACUGAUGAUACAGCCAGAUCAUUAUUACCUUCCCCUUCCCUGAAGCUAGCACUUCCUACUGCCAAUCAAAGCCAAUGGCAAAAUUUCCAUAGGACUAGCAUAGCUCUUAAAGAAUAAUGGUCCCAGAAUAUGGUUGUGAGAAAAGAAGUGCAAUAUUAUCUCUCCAACUUUCUCAAAAUAAUUACAAAGGCCCUGAAAAUCCAAAACGACACAAUUUUGAUAGAGUUGGGGAAAAAAAAGGGGUUCCUCAGCUUUCCAUUUUACAGCAGUGAGAGUAGGCAUAGCAACUAGACUGCAUUAUAGGUCAGUACAGUUCAUUUCAGCCUUGAUCUACAUGCUGAUUUGUUGUAACAAUGCCUGAAAACUGAAUACCAUUUGCGUGAUUUCCUUUGUUUGCAUGUCACAGCCAUAUGCACAUUCUAAAGUGUCAUACUGGGGUAGGUUGCAUGUUGGGGGGGAAGUAUUUCUGGUUUUGCACAGCACAUAAUCCUCUUAAUAUGGACAUUUUCUUGCUGUACAAAUGGAAAUCAGUUCUUGAACUGGGCUUCCGUAGCUGUUCCUUAUCUCAUUACAGAGGCUUUUUCUGAGCAGAGUGGAUUUAAUGUGACCCUGGUGGUAGGGCUCAGUGCAGUCAUCUUACAACUGCUUUCAAGGAAAUUCAGUCACUGUUAUGGUAAAGCUGCUCACUGCCUACUAAUUGCAAAAGCACCACCAUAAAACCAACAUCAUUCCUGUGUAGCAAAAUCUUCAAUUCAAUUCAAUACUAGCUAAAACAAGAGGUACCCUUACUAUCUGCUUUGUUGUUCUUGGUUUUUUAACCCAGGCCAGAGUAAAUAUUGUAUAUUGGAAUUUGCUUGUAAAGUUGAUUAAAGAACCUGUAUGUAAAAAUUCUUUCCUCAAUGUUGCUCUAGUGAAUAAAAAUAAAAGUCAUAAUUCUAAUAAGUA